AUGGUGGUCAGACACCUGCUUCGCCAGCUACUUGAGCAUGAAGCCAAUCUUCCGCAAGAAAUAUUGACGCUAUACGAUAGGUCGAUAAAAUCCAGACUCGAUGUCACUGAGAAGAUUUGGGCAGAUAUCUUCUUCAAGUGCAUGCUUUCAUCUGUCAAAACUUAUGUUAUGCUGGACGGCCUUGAUGAAUGUCCCGACCAACGAGGCUUAGGCAGAUUUCUCCGUCGUCUGAGGGAGACCAAGAGCAAGAUCUAUAUGACAGGUCGAACGUCAAGUCACCUGUCUCUCGACCUUGUUAUCGACCACGAGGUUGCGAUCAAAGCUCCAGAGUCGGACCUGAUCACGUACAUUAAGUCGUACAUUGGAGAAGAUCAGGAUCUCCGUGCGCUACUCUCAGACUCACUCUCAAAUGAUGUCGUGCUUCAACUUACCGACUACGCCGAUGGAUCGUUCCUCCUCGUGAAAAUCGCGCUUGAGAAUCUUAGCGACGUCACCACUGUUCGCCAGCUCACGAAGACUCUGUCGAACCUUCCUCAAAAUCUGGGUUCAGCCCAUCGUACCACGUUUGAAAGAAUCCAGUCUGCUUCGACCGCAAAGCGAGAUUUGGCAUUAAAAGCUUUGAUGUGGACACUCCUUGCGAAGCGACCACUGACCAUGAUAGAGCUGCUUCACGCACUUGCCUUUGACCCCGAUGACUCUGAAUUAGAUACUGAGAACAUUCCAACGCCAACGACAGUUAUCCGCGCAUGCUUAGGUUUCCUCCAACACCGCGAGGAUAAUGACUUGGUUCAAUUCAGUCACGCCACUGUGGUGCAUUAUCUGAAAACUGAGUGCGAUGAGAUUUUCAAAGACUCUGGUCUUAUCGUUUCUCGUAGCUGCGUCAAAUACCUUGCUCAGCAGACUUUCGCUUUCAAGCCUUGUCAGAGCUCAACAGAAUUGCUCACUCGGUUCUCCUACAAUCCGCUUCUCCGAUAUACAGCCUUAUACUGGGGGGAACAUGUUGUUGACUUUCAGGCCGAGCUGACUACUGACAUACAGAGGCUGUUGAACGCUCCAAAUGCUGUCCUGAAUGCCGCCCAGGCAUUCCACUAUCUGCGCCGAAAAUCGAGUGCGCCGUCGGAUGCAACCUUUCUUGAGCUGCCACAGGGCUUCGAGAAGACACAUCUACUAGCCUUGUGGGGUCUCAGCGACGUUGCGACCCUGGAAUCACUAUCAUACGGCGAAAUAAUAGCACCAGAUUCGCUUGGAUGGACCCCUCUUCACUGGGCUGCGGCGCGAGGUCACCCCGAUAUGAUAGAAUUCUUGCUCACUCGUGGAGCAAACAUUGAAGCCAAGGAUUUUAGGGGCUGGACGCCGCUGUUCUGGGCUGCGUUUUGGGGCCGCUUGAGUGCACUUCGCUAUCUGCUCGACAAGGGAGCGAGUUUGAAUGGAAAGGACACAGACAGCAAUACUCCUCUCCACAUUGCCGUGGGUCGGGCCGACCCCGAUGUAUGCCGAGAACUGCUAGACAGGCAUGCCGAUUGGGGUGUCAAAUCGGUCCAUGGUAUUUCAGCCUUUGAAGACGGCUCGAACUCGGGGGUCCCGGAAAUUGCCAGUAUGUUUCUGGACCUCAAACACGUGCUAGAACAGCCUGUCGAUGAAGAUGAAACCGUGGGAGAAACAGCGCUGGAGCGAGCGGUCGCUUGGUCUCCGUCCGCAUUGAAUAGUGCUUUCAGGACUAUUCUCAUAAGAGAGGCGGGCGCUUCAAAGGUGUGUGGCUGGCAAUCACCUCUGCUUCCUAGGCUGGAACAACAUCUCAGCAAGCUGCGCGAAAAGGAUCCCGACAGGUUGACCGAUAUCGGGUCCGACAUACAUUUUCCCGGAUUUGUUGAAGAUCUCAUCAAUCAAACAGAUUACCAUGCCGGGGUACUUGGCUAUGCGAUCUUGACGGAACGUGUCGAAAUGGUGAAGGCUCUCAUUGACGCUGGAGCAGAUCUCAAAAAGAACUGGUCUAGCGAAUUCAGGCGCAUUCAGUACAUGCAAUUCCCAGUCCUACUUGCGGUUUAUGUGGGAAACACAGACCUCCUCAACCUACUCAUACGCCACGGAGCUAGAGUGGACGUGGCAGACUUCGAAGGGCACUCCCCACUCCACUAUGCUGCAAUUCUUGGUCACACUGAAGCAACACGUACCUUGUCCUCGUACGAAGAUUUGCGUAAAUCUACAGAUAGAGGAGGAAAAUCACCACUCCACUCUGUUUGGUCAGCUUUUCUUCGCUCCAAUCCGAAAACAGUCUCCCCCACUAAGCUUGAGACUUCAAUCGCCAUUGCAGAGCUACUAGUUAAGGCUGGAAUUGCCAUCGAUCUUGCAGACCGUUUCGGAAGCACGCCUUUGCACGAUGCUGUAAAGACUGGAUAUCUUGCGGCGGUACAAAAGCUGAUCGAGCUUGGCGCCAAUGUAAACAGCAGGGCCAAUAAACAGCAGGACUAUUGGAAUAGGAGAGGUCGUAUCUACGGAGAGCCGGAGCCAUUGGCACCGAGUUUACACGGCGAUACUCCAUUCACACUAGCCUGUAAACAGCACAAAUGGGAUAUGGCCUCUGCUCUACACAAUGCAGGGGCAGUGCUGCCCAAGGGUAUGGAUCUUCGAUUACCCUUGAUCGACGUCCUUGCAGACGGAAAUUUAUCUGCGCUGCAAACACUUUUCAGCUUUGCAUUGCCCUCUCAAGUUGCUGGCCGCGACAAAGAUCAAGAUAUUCCACUGAUCAUUCUUGCCAUCCGGUCUCUACAGUGGGUUAUGGAUAAGCCAAGCGAACGGGAGUCGGACUUCCGAAGACUUUUUGUAAAACCACAAAAUAGCAAUGCUACAGAUGCGCCUAAACGGUACCGAGCUGCUAUUAAGUUUCUCCUUGUAAAGGAGCAAGAUCCGAACGCUAAAGAUGAGAACGGUAGUACAGCUCUUCUGGAAGCACUGGAAUAUGAGUAUAAUAAGGAUAUAAUUGAAUUACUCCUGGAGUAUGGUGCGGAUAUCUGUGCCACCACCAAGGCAGGCAUGAAUGCAAUGCAUGUUGCAGCUUACUCAGGAUCCACCCCUUUCGUUAAGCUGAUGCUUGGACAUGAUGUGGAUCUCAACCACGUUUCUAGCAACGGAAACACACCAUUAUCUUUGGCGGCUGCAAACGGCCACGAAGAAAUUGUGUCGGUGCUCCUAGAACAGCCAAACAUCCACGCUUCAGAGGAAGACCGACAGAAGUGGCUUCUGCUCAGUCGAUGUUACACUUCCAUCAAAUCGCACGAUCUCUCAAGGUUCCAGGACUUGUCUUCUUCAGCGCUCCUGACUGGAUUCUCUGACCGCAAUGGCCAAACUUUGCUACACCUUGCCGCAGACUCCGGAGUCACAGAAAUGGUUUCCAGUCUCCUUAAACUCGAUAUUGCCGUCAACCACCAAGACGUACGUGGAAACACGGCGUUGCAUAUUGCUGCCAAAUCACAAAAUUCGAACGUGAAUAUCAUCAGGCUCCUGAUAGAUGGUGGUGCGGAUAUUCGGACUCGAAAUUUUGCAGGCGAAGGUUUCGGCAUUCAUCGAGUUCCGCAUGACGCCACCGCGCUGCAUCUGGCAGCAUAUGUGGGAAAGGUAGAGAUUGUUCGAGCAAUCUUGGAGCAUGCUUCUGAAGUACCUAUCGAGAGGAGAUUGAGCACAACCUUGCGCAAAGGCUGUGGAUCCUCGGAAGACCACGAAAUGUUGAAAGGGGCAGCGACCAUGGGCCAAUUCAUCGACUGGACUUCUGACCACUGCGGACGCACGCCCCUGAUGUGUGCGGUAGAGUCUGGUAAUGUGCCCACGGUGAGAUAUCUGCUAGAGAUGGGCGCCGCUGUGAACGCAAGUGGCGGUAGGGGAAGCUGGGGCUUCUGCGCAUUAGACCUUUGUCCUGGAGCUCACAGGACUUAUGGUUCUGAGAAUGACGGCGGAGAUGAGGAGGCGGCGAAGGUGGAGAAGAGCGAGAUGGUCAAGUUGCUGGAAAGUUAUGGAGCUGAAGUUUUUGACUGGUAA